AUGUACGAUAACUCUGUUGCUCUUGACGAUCUCCCUGGAAGUGUAGAACCAGAGAUAGAGGAGGAUGAGAGGCCAGCAGUGUUUGCACUCCUGCGUGCCUUCGCCGGUGCCUGUCGCAACCUGCAGACAACCUGUUCGCCCAGAGUCCGUAGAGCGUCGUGUCUGGCAGUAAAGCUAAGGCUGAGCCUGAGGUCGCAGCGUCGUCUCUGCAGUCAAGCUAAGGCUGAGCCUGAGGUUGCAGCGUCGUCUCUGUGUGACGCUCCUGGUGACACUUCUUGUGUCACUCCUAGUGUCACUCCUUGUCUCACUCCUAGUGUCACUCCUGGUGGUACUCCUCGUUACAUUCCUGAUGAUGACUUUGUUAACUCUCCUGGUGACACUCCUUGUGUCACUCCUAGUGUCACUCCUGUUGAUACUCCUGGUCACAUUCCUGGUGACACUAUUGGUGUAAAUCCUGGCGAUUCUCCUCGCGACAUUCCUGGUGACGUUCUUGUUGACACUCCUGUUCACACUCUUGAUGACUCUCCUGGUGGCGCUCCUGAUGACACUCCUAGUGACGUUUCUGUUGGCGUUCCUGUUGACGCUUAUCGUGACACUCCUAGCGACACUCCUCGCGACAUUCCUGGUGACGCUCUUUUUGACACCCGCUGA